AUCCCUUUUUCGUGUCUCCCAACCAUGGCUAUUUCAGAGGAAGACGGGAAAAAGAACAAAUGACUCAGCAGUGUCUUGUGUUUGUUGAAAUCUGAAGUUCGACCAUUCUGGUUUUGAGAAAGAAGUUGAGAUGGAUAGUAUACAGAUGUGGAGCUUCAUCGCUUGGUCCUUCCUGGCUUGCACUGAAGCAUCCUCCAUGUAUGGAGAGAUCCUUUCUCCAAACUAUCCUCAGGCAUAUCCCAACAAUGCUUUAGAGUCCUGGGAAAUAAGCGUUCCCACAGGUUAUGGCAUUCACCUUUACUUCACCCACCUGGAUAUAGAGCCAUCUCAAAACUGCGAGUAUGAUUUUGUGAAGAUCAUGUCUGGUAGCCAUGUUGAGGGCCAGCUUUGUGGUCACAAGACAAGACGCUCCCGUGGCUCUAAUAUCCUGGAGGAAUUUCAUAUCCCCUACAAUACCUUGACUAUUACCUUUCAGUCUGAUUUUUCCAAUGAAGAAAGAUUCACUGGGUUUGCUGCUUAUUAUACCGCAGUGGAUCUGAAUGAGUGCACAGAUUUUGUAGAAGAGCCCUGCAGUCAUUACUGCAAUAACUACAUUGGUGGCUACUUUUGCUCUUGUCCGGCUGAAUAUUUCUUGCACGAGGAUCAAAAGACAUGUGGAGUGAACUGCUCUGGAAAUGUGUUUACUGAACUAUCUGGCGAAAUCACCAGCCCCAACUACCCUAACGUAUAUCCGGAGAAUUCGCACUGUGAUUACCGUGUGGCUUUGGAGCCAGGAUACCGGGUAGUCCUGACCAUCCGAAAGGAGGACUUCGAUUUGGAGCCAGCUAGUUUGGAAGGAAAAUGUUCUGAUGACUUAAGAAUCUCAGCAGGAAAUGAGCAUUUUGGUCCUUAUUGUGGCAGUAUGUUCACCGGGCCUCCAGAAAUCAAGACUAAAAGCAAUAUUGUUGACAUCAUCUUUCACACAGAUAAUGCUGUGCAAGGCAAAGGCUGGAAACUCCGCUACUUUGGGGACCCCAUGCCCUGUCCGAAGACUGUUAUUCCAAAUUCUGUGGUGGAUCCCAUAAGAGACGGCUAUGUUUUUAAGGAUUCUGUAUUGGUAACUUGUAUAGAAGGCCAUGAGGUUGUGAUGCCAAAAACCAACCUUGUGUCCUUCCGGUCACGCUGCGAAAGCAAUGGCAAAUGGAGCUACUCUGACCGCAGAUGUGUCCCUGUAGAUUGUGGUGUGCCUGAUCAUCUUGAAAAUGGAGCUGUCAUUUUCCUGACAGAAUCUGAGGAUACUCAUUACCAAGCCACUAUCCGCUAUGUAUGCCGUGAGCCCUACUAUACACUAAAGAGCAAUGGAAAUGGAAUCUAUCGGUGUUCAGCCAGUGGGAAAUGGGUAGAUGAAGAAGAGAAUGCAGAGCUUCCAGUGUGUAUCCCAGUCUGUGGAAUUUCCCAUACACCUAUUGAAGAAGCAGGGCGGAUUUUUGGAGGUGUAUUUGCUAAAUCAGGAAACUUCCCUUGGCAGAUUUAUUUUUACAGUCCACAAGGUGGAGGAGCUCUCAUUUCAGAUCGCUGGAUAGUUACAGCAGCCCAUGUGCUGGAUGGAAACCCAAACCCAACUAUCUAUGCUGGCCUGCUCUUAGCUGGCCCCAGUGCAUUGAGGGGAGCUAGCCCACUAGAUGUGGAUGAUGUGUUCAUUCAUCCCAACUGGACAACUGCAACAGAACCCCGGACUAACUUUGAUAAUGACAUUGCUCUGCUGAGACUGAAGAAACCCGUGACACUAGGCCCCACCAUCUCUCCAGUCUGCCUUCCUGGCACAUCUUCUGACUACGAUCCUCAGAUUGGGACUCUAGGGUUUGUAGCUGGUUGGGGCAGGACAGAAAGACAAAGAAAAUCCAUGAAACUGAAAGCAGCCACGGUCCCAGUGCAAGAGAUGGAGGUGUGCCAAAGAGUGAAGCCGGAUCCCCCCACAGAUUUGUUGACCUACGUCUUCACAGAUAAUAUGAUUUGUGCUGGGGAUGGCCAGCAGGACAGUUGUCAAGGGGAUAGUGGUGGGGCAUAUGUCAUCCGAGAUCCCCAUAAUGAGACACGUUACUAUGUUGCCGGCCUAGUUUCUUGGGGGCCAAAAUGUGGCACUUAUGGUCUUUACACAAAGGUGACAAACUAUGUGGAUUGGAUUGUAGAGACCAUGAACCAAAAAAGAGAACCAGAAGACUAGUUGCAUCUAAAUCCAGGACCCAGCUUGUUUCCCAGACACCAACUGACUGUUUUGAUUUGUUCAUUCUUAAGGGCUAGUGCACUAAAGCGAUGUUGGGAGCUAACGUUUAUAUGACAGCAAACUGCUUCACAUUGCAUGUCUUCUUCUCUUUUUCUGAAAAGCAAAAUAGCAACAGCUCUGAGUGCUUUAUUAUUACUGAUGGGUGAUGUCAAUGGUGAGAAAAGCUGUUUUUCACCAUCAUUGCUAUCAUGAGUAUUAUCUAGAUGGGGCAUGCUCAAAAUACAUUGCCUUCUAUUUCAGUAGGUUGUGAGUUUGAUUGUUUUUCCUGAAGUGAGGUUUUGGAUUUGCAUGAGUGCCUCUUGAAGUUCCAGAGAAGCCUUGCAAUCCUUGCUUACUGCCCCUGAAGUGCCACAGGAACAAAAUUGUAUGCUUUGUGUCCAUCACAGACAAGGAGCACCUCCUUGUCUCUGAUGAUGAUAUCCUUAACAUACCCUUGAAAUAAUCCCUUGUCACUGUCAGAGAAACCUGCCUGGCUAUAUAUACUUACAUGCUUAAAAGCAAUUCAGAAAGGAAAAUUGUUUUCAGUCUUUCACUAUUCUUGUAAGACAUAUUUUGUACAAUUGUAUUAAAAAUCACUAAAUGCAGAA